AUGAAAUAUAUUAAUCUAGUACAUUUUGCUUGCUUCUUUUUAAUCUGCUAUGGUGAAAAGGACCGAUUUGAUAAUUAUCGUGUGUACAACAUCGAAGUAAAUGACGAUGCUGGCUUAGGAGAGUUUCAAAAGCUGGAAGAAUCUUCAAGCAGAAUUGUCUUUCUCAAUGAACCGAACAUUCAUCAACCGUUCCAAAUUCUGGUUCCACCCGAUCAACUCGCGAACAUUACAGAGCUAUUUAAAAGAUCGGCAGUAAAAACUGAAGUUCAACACGAAAACUUUCAAAAACUUAUUGACGAGGAACAACCACACGAUACGGCAUAUGGAGGACAUUUUGGAUGGGAUCGCUACCAUGACCUAGAUGUAAUUUAUGCUUGGCUUGAUGAGAUGCUCCAAAAAUAUUCUAGCGUUCUCAAAAAUCAUAACUAUGGAAAAUCGGUCGAAGGGCGCGCUCUUCGUGCGGUCAAACUUUCGAAAAAAGAGGGAAAUCCAACAAUUUUCAUUGAGUCCACCAUUCAUGCAAGGGAAUGGGUUACAGUUGCAACAGCCACGUAUUUCUUGAAUGAAUUGCUUACAUCUGAUGAUGGCGAAAUCCGAAAAUUGGCCAAUAACUACGAUUGGGUAUUCGUUCCAGUUGUGAAUGUCGAUGGAUUUGCUUACUCCCAUUCAAACAAUCGAAUGUGGAGAAAAACACGAAAACCACACUCAAUAAUUAAAUUCUGCGUUGGAUCGGAUCCAAACCGAAACUUUGACUUCCACCAUGGAGAUGUUGGCGCUUCAACGAAUCCUUGCGCAGAAACAUAUGCUGGUCCAUCGCCGUUCUCGGAACCAGAAACACUUGCUUUGUCUGAGUUUAUUGAAACUUUUGACAAUAUCAAGCUAUAUAUUUCAUUUCAUUCGUAUAGUCAACUUCUUCUUUUCCCAUACGGCCACUCGAAGGAGCACACACCUAAUCAUAAGGAUUUGAAUCAAAUCGGACAGAAAACAAAACAAGCUAUCGCCAAAAGAUACGGAACACAAUACAAGGUUGGAAAUAUUGCCGAAGCAAUUUAUCUUGCUUCCGGAAGUACCAUUGAUUGGGUGUAUGCCACUCGAAAUGUUUCCCUCACAUACACAUUUGAGUUCCGCGACAAAGGCCGCUAUGGAUUCCUUCUUCCAGCAGACCAAAUCAUUCCCAACUCAUUAGAAGUCAUCGAUGGUCUCAAAGCUAUGGUUGAAGAGGCAGAGGCACUUCAGUAUUUGUAGGAGAAAAAAAACUCUCAACCACACGUGGCAGUUAAAACAGACAGAUAUCAAUUGGAAAGUAGUGUAAAAUGUUAUGAUCUAUAAAAUAA